GCUCCAGCUCUCAACGCCCAAGCUCUCUGCAGACAUGAAGGUCUCUGCAGCGCUUCUGUGCCUGCUGCUUACAGCUGCCACCUUCAGCAUCCAGGCACUUGCCCUGCCCAAUGGGAUUAAUAUCUCAAUCAUCUGCUGUUAUGGAUUUACUGAUAAGAAGAUCCCUAUCCAGAAGCUGAAGAGCUACAGAAGAAUCACCAGCAGCAAUUGUCCCCAGGAAGCUGUGAUCUUCAAGACCAAACGAGCCAAGGAGCUAUGUCUUGACCCCAAGCAGAAGUGGGUCCAGGAUUUCAUGGAGUACCUGGACAAGAAAACCCAAACCUCAAAGCUAUAAACACUCAUGCCUACAAUGAUGGCAAGCCAGUACUCAGGAAACAAUUUAU